CAGCGGCCGAAAGACAACACUUAGACGUACCACCGUUAGUGUGUUUCACGCGUAGAAAAAAAUGAUUGUGGUAUUGCUUUGCGUUUCUCUUUUGUGUUUUCCAUUUUAUUCUUCAGCCAAGAGAAAUGACAGCCCCAUUAUUGGUGUCCUGGCUCAAGAGGUUUAUUCACAAAAACCUAACCGAACAGCUUACAUUGCUGCUUCAUAUGUCAAGUUUCUGGAGUCAGCAGGGGCGCGGGUUGUCCCUGUCAUGAUUAACCAGACACUGGAGGAGUACAAGACUCUGUUCAGCUCCAUUAAUGGGAUCCUUUACCCAGGCGGAGGCGUCAGCAUUAUCUCUUCUGGUUAUGAAAGGGCUGCAAAAAUCUUUUUUGAGCUUGCUAUCGAGGCAAACAAGAGAGGCGACUAUUUUCCUGUGUGGGGGACGUGUCUUGGAUUCGAGCAGCUGACCCUUUUGACGAGUGGAAAGGCAAUACUGGCUUAUACCAACACAAGUGGUGUGGCAUUGCCUCUCAACUUCACUAAUGAGGCCAAAGACAGCCGAAUGUUUAAAGGCUUCCCGCCUGAACUCAUGAAAGAUCUGGCAUCUCAGCCGCUGACAGAAAACUCUCACAAGUGGAGUUUGGCAUCUGUGACUUACAACUCAAAUGAGGAGCUCAAGAAGUUUUACAAAGUUCUCUCUACAAAUACGGAUGGAAAAGUAGAGUUUGUGUCAACAAUGGAAGCGUAUAAUUGCCCAAUUUAUGGGACACAGUGGCAUCCAGAAAAAAAUGCAUUUGAAUGGACGAGGCCUUACAAUCCACACACUCGAUCAGCAGUCAAGACCACCUUCUACAUGGCUGAAUUCUUUGUCAGUGAAGCCAGGAAGAACUUUCACAGAUUUGAAUCCGAGGAGGGGGAGAACAAAGCACUGAUAUACAACUACAAUCCUGUAUACACUGGGCAUCAGGGUGCCUUCGAGCAAAUAUAUUUUUUCUGAUGCCUGUUUGCAGAGCGCUUUCCAUAUUCAGCUGAUUGGCUGUCUCAAUCAGCUGCUGAAUAUGGAAAGCAGCAGCUGAUUGGCUGCUGCUUUCCAUUGAUUCCAUUGCUGAUUGGCUGUCUCAAUCAUAUCACUUAUGAGUGUUUGCAGGUAAUUCUACUUGUUUGAUUUUGCAUUUGCUGCUCUCUCCAUUUGUUGAAUCUGAAACUAAACAAUCUGUAAACUGGAAAUAGGUUAGAUUUACACAUGUAACGUAAAUCUUGAUGCAGUCAAGAUUUGUGGAUGCCGUAGCUGGGUUUACAGCUGAGUGUUAAUUGCUGCUACAGACAGUGUAAAUAGUGACAUUCUAAGGCAUUUUGCCUUGCAAGUUUUAGUGUGUUUAAUUUCUUGAAGCUGCUGCAUUUUGAUGCUGAAAUUCAUAUUUAUCAACAUAGCAGGCUGCACAAAACAAUAUAUUUAUUGUAGCAAUAGAUUAAAUUUCAUUGUGUAAUGGAGGUCGCUCAUACCACAGAGAGUUAUCAGCUCUGUGGUUCCCCUCAUCUCUAUGGAGCAUCUCAUAAUUUUUCUACUCAAGUGUUUUGGUUAUCAGGCCGAAAAGUCGACCAUCAUUAACCCUGUUUUCAGUCACAGCAGGUAGCUGUUUAUUUUUUGUGAAAAUAUUCUAAGAAAACCAACUUAACCCUACCUGCUCAGCACCAAAUGGUAAAUAGACAGCCAGUGACUAGCUGGUGAGCACAGUUGAGCUAUUGCCAGCAAUAAAUCUCUGGAUUUAUGAGAGACCAAAACAAUGCUGAAAAGAGAAUUAAUGCUGGACCUAAGAUUCAACAAAUGGACAGAAACCUGACUCCUACUGAAUGUUAAUGUGUCAAUGUGUGUGUAAAUUUUUUGCUAAUAUACUAUCAGUCUUAUAUAGGGAUAACCCCAAGUGUCCAAAAAAAUCAAAAGUCAAUUAUAAAGUAGAAAAGACAGUAAUAAAACAGAUGAGUCAAAAACAUUGAAGGCUGAUAAAAUAUCUAUUUUUUUUUAUUCUAACAUUUACCUUCAUGCCACAAUCUGCCAUUAAUCUCCCUCUAUGCUUUGGAUAACAAAGUUGAGCAUCUUGAAAAAGUCCUCAACCACUGGCAAGAAAGUUCAACAUUGCCAUUGGCAUUUAUAAAGUCCACUUUCAACUCAGUUUAAGGACAGCAACAGGAGAACAGAAAUGAAUAGUCAAAUGUAACUUCCAAAAUGCUUUAUGCACAAAUAACACUCAAGUAAUAUUGUUUCUCUUUUUUUUUUUUUUUUUUUUAGAAUAAAAUGAUAUUUGAAUAACAUUUACACAUCAAGCUGACGAGACUGGGUUCUCAAU